CCACACUCAGAGACCCAUAUUAUAAUAGUCUCCUCCUAAACCCUAAUCAGUUCAUUCUCAUUCCGCGCCGUUCACUCAACCCAGCUCCGCACUCUCAUCUCUCUCUCAAGCUCUCCUCGUAGAAAAUCAUGGGAAAAGUGCAUGGUUCUUUAGCUCGUGCUGGUAAGGUGAGAGGCCAAACCCCAAAGGUGGCCAAGCAGGAUAAGAAGAAGAAGCCCCGUGGACGCGCCCACAAGCGCAUGCAGUACAAUCGGCGUUUCGUCACCGCUGUGGUUGGCUUUGGCAAGAAGAGAGGACCCAACUCGUCUGAGAAGUAGAGGCCUUGAAAGGAUGAAGAACUUCUAGCAGCUUAGGGAUGUUUUAGUUAUAUUUGAACCUUUCUGUCAUUUUCAGGACCCUUAAUGCUGGUUUUUUAAUAGAGAUUCAAGUAUUUGGCAAUGCUGGAUUUUGUGUUCUGAAUCUGAUUUACUUGGACCUAAUGUGAUUUUGUUCUGGA